GGAUUCGGAUACAAGACAGAGACUGAGGGACAACUUCUUGUAGAACUUUCUGGAGUCCCAGUACCAGCACCUUAUUGGAUUCUCAAGCUUGGACCAGUCGUGAAUGGCCAAUACCAAUACUCCAUAGUGUCAGACCCAAUUCGCUUUACUCUAUUCGUUCUCGCCAGAGACCCACAGGAUUUUGCUGAGAAGUACGAACAAGAGGUCUUGAGCUACUUGGAAGGAGAGAAAUUCACAGAUGUUGAAAACAAGCCAGAGAAAGUCUACAGUGAAAAGGAUUGUCUCUACGCUGAUGUACCCCCACAGUAAAACUCCUAUAUAUUGAGAACCACAACCAUUGAAUACAGCCUAAUUUAUUGAUAUUUAUUUUUUG